AUGAACUCUAUUCAUCUAAUUCAAUUAAAAUCAGCGCACAAUAUUGAGAAACUUCAGCAAAAUCUGUACGAAGCUCGUACUUGGUCAACUGAAAGUAAUCAAGUACCUCAAAUAUACAAAUAUUUGUGGUCACGUGGUAGCAACUACGGACCAUGUUUUCAACAGAUAAAAUCAGCGUAUGGUACGAAAUCUGCUAUGAUAACAGAACUCAUUCAAGCUCAACAAGUACAACAAGAAAAUGAGCAAAUAGAUCUCGUACAACAAAAUGUUGAAGAAAAAGGUCUCAAUCAUCUGGAACAACAAAGUAAUGAUCAAAAAGACCUCAAUCACCUCGGACAACAAAACGAUGAGCAGAUAGAUCGUGAUCGCAUCAAACAAGAAAAUGAUCAUCAGGCAGAAGUUAAUAAAAUCGAACAACACAAUGAUUAUCAGAUACAACUGAUUCCCAUUCAACAUCAAGCAAACAGUGACCAAUCAGGUCUUAAUUACCUGAAACAACCACAUGAAUGUCAAUAUUUCCCACUGAAGCCAUUGUGCCCGUGUCAAUAG